AAGCUCCGCCCCCUCCGCCGCCCGCGGAGCCGCAGCGCGGGGCCGGGCCGGGGUUGCUGCGGCGGGGCCGGGCCUGGCGCGGCGCCGGGCAGCGCGGCCGCAUGAGGUUGAUGCUGCUGUGCUGCACCUGGAGGGACGAACCUAUGGGAGAGGACGAAGGGAGCGACCUGCCAGUGUGUGCGAGCUGCGGGCAGGGAAUCUACGACGGGCGAUACCUGCAGGCACUGAACACCGACUGGCACACUGACUGCUUCAGGUGCUGCGAGUGCGGGGCAUCCCUGUCGCACCAGUACUAUGAGCGGGAUGGGCGCCUGUUCUGCCGGCACGAUUACUGGGCGCGCUUUGGCGAGCUCUGCCACGGCUGCGCUGAGCACAUCACCACAGGGCUCAUCAUGGUGGCAGGGGAGCACAAGUACCACCCUGAGUGCUUCAGCUGCCUCAACUGCCAUGCGUUCAUCGGGGAUGGGGACACCUACGCGCUGGUGGAGCGCUCCAAGCUCUACUGCGGGCACUGUUAUUACCAGAUGGUGGUGACCCCAGUCAUCGAGCAGAUCCUCCCAGAGUCGCCGGCUCCCCGCAUCCCGCACACCGUCACCCUCGUCUCCAUCCCUGCCUGCUCUGAUGGCAAACGUGGCUUCUCCGUCUCCGUUGACCAGGGCUGCGGCACUGAGCACUCCCGCACCGUUCGUGUCCGAGAGGUGGACCCAGACUGCAUCAGCCCUGACAUGAAGAACUCCAUCCACGUUGGUGACCGCAUCCUGGAGAUCAACGGGACACCCAUCAGUCAUGUCCCACUGGAUGAGAUUGACCUGCUGAUCCAGGAGACCAGCCGCCUGCUCCAGCUGACCAUCGAGCACGACCCCCAUGAGCCCCUCACCGUGGAGUCGGGCCCCGUCUGUAGCCCCCUGCCUGCCCUGUGCAGCCCAUUGCACUCCCCUGAGCCCAGUGCCAUGCGCCAGCGUGCCGUCACGAGGAGCUGCAGCACGGACAAGUCCCCAGGCUCAGGUUCCGUGGGCUCACCUGCAUCCCUGCGCAAGGACAUUGGGCGCUCCGAGUCGCUGCGCGUCGUCUCCCGUGCCCAUCGCAUCUUCCGCCCCUCUGACCUGAUCCACGGCGAGGUGCUGGGCAAGGGCUGCUUCGGCCAGGCCAUCAAGGUGACGCAUCGGGAGACAGGCGAGGUGAUGGUCAUGAAGGAGCUGAUCCGCUUUGAUGAGGAGACGCAGAGGACCUUCCUCAAAGAGGUGAAGGUGAUGCGCUGUCUGGAGCAUCCCAAUGUGCUCAAGUUUAUCGGAGUGCUUUAUAAGGAGAAGAGGCUCAACUUCAUCACGGAGUACAUCAAAGGGGGCACCUUGAGGGGCCUCAUCAAGAGCAUGGACAGCCACUACCCCUGGAGCCAGCGGGUCAGCUUUGCCAAGGACAUCGCCGCUGGCAUGGCCUACCUCCACUCUAUGAACAUCAUCCACCGAGACCUCAACUCUCACAACUGCCUGGUGCGGGAGAACAACAGCGUGGUGGUGGCUGAUUUUGGGCUGGCACGGCUGAUGGUGGAUGAGAAGAACCAGCCCGAACAUCUCAAGAACCUGAAGAAACCGGACCGCAAGAAGCGGUACACAGUGGUGGGGAACCCAUACUGGAUGGCCCCCGAGAUGAUCAAUGGGAGGAGCUAUGAUGAGAAGGUGGACAUCUUCUCUUUUGGCAUUGUCCUAUGCGAGAUCAUCGGCCGGGUCAGCGCUGACCCUGACUACCUGCCCCGCACCACUGACUUUGGCCUCAACGUCAGGGGCUUCCUGGAGCGCUACUGCCCUCCCUCCUGCCCCCCUAGUUUCUUCCCCAUUGCCGCCUGCUGCUGUGACCUGGACCCUGAGAAGCGGCCGUCCUUCAGCAAGCUGGAGCAGUGGCUGGAAACACUCCGCAUGCACCUGGAAAUCCACCUGCCGCUCAGCUCUCAGCUGGAGCAGCUGGACCGAGCCUUCAGGGAGAUGCACCGGUGGGGCGAGGGUGGGCUGCCUGCACCCCCCCGAUAGAGACCCCCACCCUGCACCCUCUCUGAAACUGUGGGAGAAGGAGCUGCACCCGACGCCAACGUCUCCUCUGGCUGCCACCACCCCCAGGGCUGGAUCCUGGGGCUCCGCAGACGCACCCCACACUGUCUCCACCCCGUCCCGGAGAGCCGGCUCUCCCCCGGGGCUGCGCCCUCCCCAUGCAGUAGCUGUCGCCCACUGGACACACCUGGCUGGCUGCCCCACGGGGACUGUACCCGUGUUGAUCCCUCGCCACCACAAUCCACUCUGGCUUGCUUUGCCUUUGCACGCCCAGGGGCUGCCUGGCUCCCGCACCAGCCCUGUGGGCUUCCCUGUCCAGAGCCGCAGCCUCGCGGCGGUGCCUUGGCUUUCCAUGAACUUGCACUGCGCCACAGCGAGGGCACUUGGGAUUUCGGAGACCCCCAGCCCCACCAGGGGAGAGCAAGUCCUGGAGCAGCCUUGUAGCAAUGGCCUCAGCUGGCCCCUCUCACGCUGCCCCUGCUGCGCCCGACACUUGGGGGGCUGCCGGAACCCCCAGCCAAGUGUGGGAUCCAUGGGGGUCACCUCCGGGGCGUGGGGAUGGGCACGUAGCAGUCCCUGCUGUCCCCACAUCCCUGCUGCCUGUGCUCAUCUGUGACCAUGCAUCCCUUGGGACAGCGCAUGGUCCCGAGGGAUGUGGGGCUGCAGCUGGUCCAGAGGGAUGCAGCUGAUGCAGAAGGAUGCAAUGAUCCGGCUGGUCCUGAGGGAUGCAGGGAUGCAGCUCUUCUCAGUCCCCUUGACCCGGGGUGGGUGCAGGGGGACUGCACUGCGCGGUGCUUUUCAUGCUCUUUAUUCAGGUUCAUUUUUCUGUAAGAUAUUUAAAGAGAAGAGUUUGUAUUAUUUUUCAUACGACGUAGCGUUUGCCAUUUGUCACUGCCUCGGUUCUGCUUUCCCAAAGGGAUGAAACUGUGAAGCCUCGCCGCGCACUUUUGCCCAGGAAGUCCAAGGCGACGUCCUCUCUGGAGGUGGGAAGGGAGCUCAAACUGUGAUGUACCCCAAGCCGUGAGUCAAUAAAUCCUUCCCCUCUCGCUGCCCGGCCUGCUUGGCAAUUGCUCGCCUCCUGCGGGGGGCUGGGAGCUCAUGGGGAAACUGAGGCACAAGGGGCUGGAUGCUCCACUCGGGGCAGCACGGUGGCACUGGAACCGGUGGCGUCCCCAGUGCCAUUUGGUGCUGUUCCCACCCCAUUGUGGGUCCCCCCUUAGCCCUGAGGCUGAUGCCACCCCUGCCAGCAUUACCCCAGGUCCUGUAUCUCCUGCUUGCCCGGCUGUGCCCGCUGUCACCUCGUGAGAUGGCAGAGCCCAUGGCGGUGACAAGCAGGGGCGGUGUGACUGUGGGUGCUGUGGAGCAGCUUUGCUGAGAAGGUAAAAUAAGCCCCAGGGGACAAAGAGGUGUCCUGCACCCCACAUGGUGGUGCCCGUGGCUGUCCCAUGCUGUCUCUCUCGCCUCAUUACCUUCCUAACCCAAAUUAAGGUCCCCAACUUGGGGCAUCUCUGUCCUCAGGGGCUGGAGAAAACCUGGGCCCCCGGGAGCUCAUGGAGGGGUGACAGGGAAGGUACAGGAUGUCCCUGAGGAUGUCAUCAGGGCUGCUGCAGCUGGGUGAGAACAGGGGAACAGCACGGCCUGGAGGGGUUUCAGGAUCCAGGCUGGACAUCCCUGUUGGAAAAAAUCUCAUGUUUUAUUGCUCAGCCCAGGAAGGACCGAGGGUUGGGGCGGUCAUGGUGGCUCUGUCCCCUCCUGGGGCGACUCUUUUAUCUGAAUGCCUGUCCCAUGUCACCCCAGUGGAGGGACAACCAUGGCACACCCUCUCCCAGCUGUCACAGUGCCCUUGGUGAUAUCACGGCUUUUUGUUCCAGGUGACACCCGUGCUCCCUGGAACAUGGGGGUGGCAAGGGACCUGCAGCAGCUGCCACCCUAGGGAAGUGCCAUGGCCUCCGCGCCCAAGUAGUGCUGGAGCUUGGGGGAACCCUGACCUGGCAGCGGGAGCCCCCCAGCCCCACGGGACCACUCACCCCCCUGGAUGGGGCUGCCGGUGCCACUGAGCUGCUGGGUGCAGGUUCCCCCCUGCAGGGGACCCUGGGUGCUGGGCAGGGGGAAUGCUGGUCAAGCACAGCCCAAGUGGUGGCUGCUCCAGCGCCCCUGUGACCAGCAAUUUGUCCCAGCCCCAGCCAUCAUCCAGGAGUCCCACGUCCCCAGGCAGGGAGGUGGCCCUGGCACAGCCCUGGUGGCCCCACGCUGUGACUGUCCUCCACUCAAGGCCCCCGUAUCCCCAAGGUGGGUGCUGCACCCUGUGCUAAAAUCUGGCUACCGGUGCAGGCGGCACCCCAACAGCCCCCCGGGCCCUGAGCCAGCAGGUGGCAUCCUGGCAGGGCUCCUUGUCCCCUGCAACCAGUCCCACCAUUGGCAUGAGGGACUCUGCACACCUGUGUCCAGCACCCAGCUGUCCCCAUGAGCUGUCACCUCCCAGGAGGGAGAAGAGCACCCUUACCAAGCUGCAGGCCACCGAGAGCUGCCCCUGCACCCCCCAGGGUCCCACACUGUCCCCACCCAUGGUGACCCCCAGGGACAUCCCUGGCAGGGCUCUGCCCAAGCUCUGCUCUGGCUCAGCACGGUGGCCGUUGUGCAGGCAGAGAACCAGGUGUCCCCAUGUGCCACAUCCCUGCUGAUGGACCAGCAGCCAAGUGCCACCAAGGUGGUGACCAAAGGCAGCAAUGGCUCUGUCAAGGCUCUGCUUGGUAGAACCUCCCUCACUGUCGUCCACGAGACCCAGACCAAGGGCUCCAGCAGCUAUGAUGAGGAUGAGCCAUCAGCUGACAGGUUUAUAACCUUCUUCAUGGGUGAGUUUGGUCAGCCAGGUGGAAUGGAUAGCAUUGCUUUCCCCAGCAUCUCAGCAGGGUGGACACCAGUGGUGGGGGUCCUUCCCAGGGGGACAGCAGCUGCCUGCGGGCAGGGGAGUGAGUGGGGUCCUCAUAAGGCUUGAGGAGAUGCACAGAGUGGAGAUGCUAGAGUCUGUCUGGGGCACCCAGCUCCAUAGGGAUGUCUGGAGGUGGAGAGAAGGGAUGCUGGGGUCCCGCGCAGAUGAUCAGCUCCACAGGGACAUGGGGACCUGUCAAAGGGUUGUUGUGGUCCAGGAGGGCAUUCAACUUCAUAGGGACAUGGGGAACUUGAGAAGGGUUGCUGAGGUCCCAUGAGGAUGACCAUCUCCAUAGGGAUGUGAGGAGCCUGAGAAGGGUUGCUGGAGUCCCUCCAGUGUACCCAGCUCCAUAGGGAUGUGGGGAGCUGGAGAAUGGUUACUGAGGUCUCACUAGCGUGCCCUGCUCCAUGGGGAUGUGGGGACCUGGAGAGGGGUCACUGGGGUCCAGCCAGGCCAUCCAGUUCCAUGAGGAGAGGUCCCCAUCCUUGGCUGUAGAAGGGUUUGCCCAUGCUUUUCUGGUGGUGAGUAGGAUGUGGCACCAGGGACCUCUAGAGCCCUUUGCACCGGUAUUUCUGUGGCUCUGUCCGUCCCUGCUUUGAGCUGGAGGCUGGACUAGAGAUGCCCCAGGAUCUCUCCUGUCCUAUACCUCUCUGAUCCACCAUCUCACACCUGGUGCCUCCCUCUGUGAGGACUCUCUCCACAGAUGGCACCAUCCCCAGAGUCCCCUGGGCACAGUGUCCACACUUCCAGCUCAGGCCUGGGCACUUUGCGUGGUCAAUGAGCACCUUGAGCCCUCCCUCCAUGAUUUGGGCAGAGAAGUGUCACUGUCACAGCCCCAUGUCCCGCAGCAACCUGGGCUGGGACAGGAGCCACCUCCUUGGGUCAUGCAUGUCACUGGGCCACGAGAAUGUGGUGGCUCUAUGGGGUGGAUCCAGACCCCAGCAAGCCUCGCAGGGUGCUGAGACCAACACUGGUGGGUUGGCAUCCGCCUGCCUCAGUUUCCCCUCUUGCUGGGCUGUGGGACAGGGGUACUGGGUGUGAGGAUGGGAAGAAGGAGCCAUUGCUCCAGCUCCCUGUCCCCAGUAGCCGGGGCCGUCGAGAGAUACAAUGAUAUCCUCUGGUCCUCAAAAGAUGAGGCUCACCCUGCAAAGCUGGGCAGGGACAUCCCGUAGGCCACUGCCUGGUCUGCCAGCGACUGCAUAAACACAGCUCUGGGGAUGUGGCUCCUCGGCUUCCCCACAGCAUCCUUGCCUUCCCUCCUCACCCCCAUCCCUUUGCUCCUGCCAGCCAGGACGUGGAGGUCCAUCCCUGACCCAGCUGGUGGCCAUAGGGAGGGGGGGACACAGGGACCUGGGGAGGGACAGCCAGGGCUUGAGGGGACCUGGAGAACCUUGGCCACUUCUGAUGGGAAAACUUGUUUCUCCUCAGUCCCACUGCCACCCUUCCCCGGCUCCAGCGCAAGCCCCUUCCUGGCCACUGCUCUGGAGAAGGAGGUUAGCGAUGGGUGGGAGCUGGGGGUGACACCAGUGCCACCAGAGAUGGGCAGCACUGGCCAGGGGAACCUUUGUGAAGAUUUUACUGGAGGGACAAGGGGGGAGUUGGGGUGGUAGUGUCAGGCCAGGGCUUAGGAUGGGAUCAACUGGGCUUGCAGGUUUGGGUGGCUGAGCCUCUCCAUCCCUGCUGCACUGCCACCACCCCACAGUGCUCUCCCCACACCAGAGCCCCCCCCCCAAGGGCUGGCAGCAGCCGGCUAUGGAGAUAGAGAGGCCCCUGACAGCCCCCAAAUCCCCUCAACCCUCACAGAGGAUUGGAUCCACCUGCAGAGACAACGCAAGUAGGGGGAAAUCCUGGCACGUGGGGAUGGAACCCACUGGUGUGGGGGCUCGAGGGACCCUGGUGCAGGGGUUUAGGGCUUGGGAGAGCCCAGGGCAUGGGUCUGGUGGGCUGGGAGCCCCUGGUGUGGGGGGUCAGGAUAUGGGGCUCCAGCCCAUGAGUUUGGGUCUGUUUGCUGCCCUGCAGCACGCAGAUUGACCCAGGCUCAGGCACCUUUUCCAGGCUCAGGUCCAGGAAAGAAGGCAAAAGACAGGGGGCAAUCCCUCCUUUUGGGGUACCACCCUGAG